AUGACGGGCAGUGCUGCGAUUGAUCGCAACGGUACGGUGUUCCUAUCCCAAAAAAAGGGACGACGGCGACUCUUUCAGUCAGCAAGCAAGCAAGCAAGCAAGCAAGCAAGCAAGCAAGCAAGCAAGCAAGCAAGCAAGCAAGCAAGCAAGCAAGCAAGCAAGCAAGCAAGCGAGAGAGCCAGCGAGCGAGCAGAUGUCCAAGCCACGUUGGGAUUUCCUCGUUCCAUUGCAACGGGUCCAUUGCGCCUGCUGCAAAGCGCAGUCCUUUGCCUUGAUCUUGAAGCAACCCAUAGGUAUGGCCACCUGCCCGCACUACAUGGUGCUCGCACUAGGCACAGCACAUGCUCAUCCGCGGCAGCUUGGAGUCGAGCACAACAAGCUUGCUGUUGCUUCCUGCGAGCGGGGAUGGCGCUGCAAUCUUUAUGA